AAAGAAAGCAUCAGCAGUGGGUGUUUCCAGCAUCUUUUAGUGCAGCGGUUGGCUCCACAAGUAGGCAGAUCUCAGGCAAUGGGGGUGGACAGACGGCAGAGAGCCUCAGCAGCACUCUCUCUCAGCUUCCUCUCUUUAAUCUUUUCUAUCACAGCAUUCAGCAGCAGCUACUGGUGCGAGGGAACCAGGAAAGUAGCCAAACCUUUCUGCAGUAAACUCCGCGGUGGCACACACUGCAUCCGCUUCAAUAACUCUGGUGCAAAUGACAGCAGCGUGGUUCAAUACAUCUGGGAGACAGGUGACGACAAGUUUGUGGACCGAAAGUUUCACGCUGGCAUCUGGUAUUCCUGUGAAGAGGUUCUCAAUGGAGAAGGUGAGAAAUGUAGAAGUUUUAUCAGCCUGACGCCCCCAGCGGAUCGAGGAGUUCUCUGGCUGUCCAUUGCAGCAGAGGUCCUCUACAUUACUUUGCUUCUGUUGGGUGUCACUCUCAUGUUGAUUGAAAUCUGCCAUUCCAUCAGUAUCCUGGAUGGGCUGAAGCUCAAUGCAUUUGCAGCAAUAUUCACUGUUUUAGCAGGCCUCCUGGGAAUGGUUGCUCACAUGAUGUAUACAACUGUGUUUCAAAUGACUGUCAAUCUUGGUCCAGAAGAUUGGCGGCCACAGACCUGGGAUUAUGGUUGGUCCUACUGUCUUGCAUGGGGCUCUUUUGCCUGCUGUAUGGCUUCCUCUGUGACCACGAUGAACAGAUACACAAAAACUAUCCUGGAAUUUAAAUAUAAACAGAAAAGGCUGGCAAGAAGUUUAAAGGCUAAACCUAAGACUUCUGCUCCAGAAAAGGCAUGGAAGAUGUACAUUGAUACAGUUCACAGCACAACUGAGGACUUCAUGCAUCAGCUGACAGAUGUACACAGUCUGGCCAAUCCUACAGCAUUUGCAGAGUUAAAUAACAUUCCCAUGACACACUGUGAAGAAUAUUGCUAAAUGUAUGUAAUACAACUUUUUGGGAAAUUGUCCACAUGUACUUUUGAUGUAUUCCUUUCUUUGGAAGGAUUGAUGGUCUAACUGCAAAAUUUCUUGGGAACACACAAUGAGAAAGCCAAGAAGAUACUUCCUCUUUGUUUCCUCUUUGCUUCUGCUUCUAUCUUGAGGGUGUGGCCUAGCCAAAGUUCAACAAAGUUUUUCCGUUCUCCUGCUUGCAUGGGUAAUUUUGGCUGGAACGUAUCUUUAAAGUGUAGGAAUGUCUACUAUUAUUACAGUCUUCAUCAAGAUUAGUUCAUAUGCUUUCUAAGGGUGAAGAUGGGGAAAUUGAUGAUUUGAUUGUUACAGAGCACUUCAAAAUGAAGCUAAACACACUUUUGGACUCUCCAAAGAGGGAAAAACUAUUCUGUUCGUGUUGAUACAGCUUUUUUGGCUUUUCCUCUUAAGUGGUUGCUUGUUUUUCCUUUAAAAUCUGCUCAGGCCGGCUUUGUUAUGUGAAGCUUACAAAGCCCACAUUUAUUAUAACGAAGUUUUACACUAAAUAAUUUCACUUUACCAACUUCCUUGGACUUUUUAAUAAUGCCCACUGAGACGCCUGGAAAAGUUCACUUACAGCAAAGUAAUUAAAAUCCCCAUAUUCUAACUGUCUGGAACCAGGGAAGUUCCUGAGCAGAUAAUAAUUUUUGUCAGACAAUGCCAGGUGGAAUUUAUACUUCUGGCAACAAUGAAAAAUGAACAUAAACAGAAAAAGUAACUCUGCAUUAUGAGCAGUCUACAAGACAGUCCUGUGGAUCUUUUUUAGUGAUUUUGCACGAAAACUCUGUGCUAUGCAGUUAAAGUAGGAGCAAUGACUGGGCAAGUAAGACAGAAAUGCUAAAGCUUGCCACAAAUGUCAAAAACUCUCCUUAGAGGUGCAGUUAUACUGCUGUUUUUAGCACCUAAGCAGGGCUGGCCAUAUCGCUAGCCAGGCAGCAUCGGUUGCCAACUCCAGGCUUGAAAAUUCCUGGAGAUUUUGGGGCUGGCACCUGGAAUGGGCAGGGUUUGAGGAGGGGAGGGAGCUCAUCAGGCUAUAAUACCAUACAGUGUACCCCUUCAAAGCAUCCAUUUUUUCCAAGGGAACUGAUCUCUGUCAUUUGGAGAUCAGUUGUAAUUCGAAGCGAUCUCGAGGCCCCACCCAAAGGUACCAUUAAAAAGAGCUUGUUGAUUUUACCACCACUGGGUGGGUGGGGUGGGGUGGGGAUUGUUCUGGGGAUGCUGGGACAGUGUGACAGGUUUUCUGGAUUUUUAGAAGUAGCAGUGUACAAAUAACCAUGGAAAGAAUACAAAGAUCUUUAUAUCAGAAUAGCAUGAUUACUCUUCCACUGUUUUCAGUCUCAGCUAUUAAGUAUCUCAUUCACAACAGCAUUUGCAGUUUUAAAUCACAUUCGUUUCUGGGUUUUGCUGCGUGACUUCUUUUUAACUCCAUUGGCAGACAAUAGUACAUUUUAAAUUUCCAUGCAUUAAAAUGAAAUAAUGUACUAAAAAGCCUGAGUGGUUUUUCCCCCUUUCUGACCUUUUCUCUGCCCAUACCCACAACAGUGAAUACAUGCAUACAUAGUAAGGAACAAAUACAUGAUAUGUUCAUAGAAUGAUUCUCAAGGAUGCAUAAACUGUUGAUAGCUCCAGGCAGUGGUGUGUUGGUGAUACUGCUUAUGGGAAUAGGUCUGAAGUUAAUGAGGCUAAGCUAGAGUUGCCAACUACAGCAUAGUAAUUCACCCCAGCACAUAAAAAUCUUUAGGGGACAAUUGUUCAUAAAGUACAAAAACUUUGCUCCAAAAGGGUACUAGGGAAGGAAGGAGGAAAAGUUUAGUGAAGGACAAACAUAACAACUGGUUG